AUGAAUAGAAAAAUAAUAGCUAUCUUUUUUAUAAUUUUAACUCUUUAAGGGAAUUAAGCAAAAGAAGAUUUCAAAAAAUCAAGCAAAUGCUUGGAUUUUGAUAAGUUAAAAAUAUUUGCAUGCAUAAAGAAACAAUUAACAACCGCUAUUACAUAUCAAUCUGUUACUACAUUUGGCUCAUUCAUAAUUGCAAAAAUAGGUAUAUGGCUAGCUGGUUUUUCAGCUAUUGGCCCUGUUGCAGGUUCAUUAGCAGCUUGGAUUUAAUCUUUGAUUGGAAACGUUGUAGUUGGUUCAUUUUUUUCAUUUUUACAAGCAGUUGCAAUGGGGAAAUCAUUUUUAUUAAUAAUUCCUUGUCUGACUAUUGGAACUAUAGUUGGCAUUAUCUAUUUAGUAUUAAAUUGCUUUAGAUCUGAAUAUUGUAUUUUAGAGGAAUUAACUCAAAAAUCAGAAAAACAAAAUGAAUAAGGACAAAGUAUUGAUGAGACAUCUAAGGAACAAAGGAAUUUAUAAAAAGAAUAAAAUCAAAAUGAAUAAGAAGAAUCGAUUUGGAGUUCAUCAAUGAAAAUAAUGUAAUCAGGGAUUUCUGAUACUUAUUCAACAAUUACUAAUAAGAUUUCUGAAUUAUCUACUUAUACUUCUACUUAGUUAUCUCAUGUGCCAAAGGAACUCAUAGAAAUGAAAAAUUCAGUUCUAGAAUUUUCCUCAAAUUAUUUCAAUAUUUAUGAUUCAAUUUCUUAAAUUACAGAUAAUUUUUUUAUAUUCUCCAAUUAAAUUGCUUCCUCUAUUCAAGAAUAGCUUAAGGAGAAUACAAAUAAUAUGUAAAAUAUUUUUAAUGAUUUAACAACUACUUUUGGUGAUUAUAUCAAUGGGAUAAAUGAUCUUUUUGAAUUUAUUUGGCAACAUAGAGAAACUAUAAAAGAAGCAUUUGAGUAUGCUAUAGAGGUCCUUAAAGAAUAAUAUGAUCAAUUUUUGAAUACUUAAAAUUUUAUAGAAAAUAUGAGAUAUUCAAAGGAAGAAAAUACUUGCGCGAAUAAUUUUAUAGAGUACCUUGCUAAUACAUGA